GGGUUUAUGAUGGAAGGCAUCCCACGCUCCUUCUUGCUGAUCCGGACUUAAUCAAGCAGGUGUUUGUGAAGGACGCUCUCGUAGCAUUUGUUAACAGAAGGGGUUUCGGGGACGACCUGAGUAGCGACGACAUUCUUACGGAAGGUUUAGGAAACCUGACAAACGAGAAGUGGAAGGAUAUGAGAAGCAUCCUCACACCAACAUUCACGACCGGCAAGCUAAAACAGAUGACUCACCUCAUAAACGAGUGUGCCAAUACAUUGAAGACUAACCUUGGAAAACUGGCCGAUGAAAGGAAACCAUUUGAGACGAAAAGCAUUUGGGGCGGCUUCACGCUGGACGUGAUCAGCAGCACGAUGUUUGGCCUGCAGGCGGACUCACAGCAGCCGGGCAAAGAGUCGCCCUUCGUUAAACACGCCAAGAACGCCUUCGACUUCAAUCCGUUUAACAUAGCCAUCAGCGUUAUAUUUUUUUUCCCGAUACUUACUCCACUUCUAAAGCCUGUUUAAAAAUACAAUUCCUU